AUGAAUCCUCCACAGGUCUUCCAGCCCUUCUUAGGGGGGAUGCUUUCCAACCAGGGCGACCCUGCAUAUAGCGGCCUAGAACGGGAAUCAGAUGAAGAGUCAGAGGAAGACUAUGAGAACAACACGUCCUCAUCAAAGCUGCUUAUUCAAGCGUUGUCUCUGAAUGUUUGGCUCCUCGCAACGAUCGUAUUCUUGAUUUUAUUCUUUGGCAAAUUCGGGCAGUUGCGAUGUGAUACUGGCAUCAACAUAUGGAACAUGCCCGAUUCAGAUAUGGCAGCACCAUUGUUGAAAUUCGAGAAAAGACGAUUCACUCAUGCGGUCAGAGACGAUUCUGAUGGCACACUUUACGCCUCUAUCAAUCCAAAGGAGCUGCAGUAUGCCGGCCGUCCCAGCCACAAGAUUGAUGAAAACUGGAAUGAGCUCAUUGUCGGUCGGUAUUUUCGAUUAGAAGACUCUGAAGUAUCACGGCUCAACCGAGAUCCCGAGCUUCCAGCACUGACGGAAAUGCCUGUUAGUGAGCGGAUAUCUCAAGAGGGAUUCUACGGAGGCCCCGACGUACUUCAUAGUCUACACUGCUUGAACGCUAUCCGGAAGCAUUUAGACCCGGAAUACUACGGCAACUCUAUGACUCUCCCGCCAGAACUUCGUCGGAUGCACAUUGACCAUUGUAUUGAUCAUCUUCGACAAUCAGUACUUUGCCAUGGCGAUCUCACACCGGUCACUAUGAAGCCCGUCACCGCGAAUACUUCCUUGCCGUACCCGGUCACAUUUUAUCUUGGGCAGACUGAGCGUGAACAUACCUGCCGAAGUACGGAAGCCAUACGGAACUGGGUCACUGCCCGUGGGCAACGUACGGGACGUAUUGAGCCUCACCACGAUAUCGGACCAUGA